AUGGCCACAAAUGGAACAAAAGUAGCUGAUGGGCAGAUCUCCACAGAACUCAGUGAUGCCUCAAUUACUAAUGAUAAGCCUAAGACUUUAGUAGUAAAGGUGCAAAAGAAAAGAGGAGCUAUUCCAGACAGAGACAUCUGGAAGGGAAAAUUUGACUUUCUUAUGUCCUGUGUUGGCUAUGCAAUUGGUUUGGGGAAUGUGUGGAGGUUCCCAUACCUAUGUGGGAAAAAUGGAGGAGGGGCAUUCCUGAUUCCUUACUUCCUUACUUUAAUUUUUGCGGGAGUUCCCCUGUUUCUUUUGGAAUGCUCGCUUGGCCAGUACACGUCCAUAGGAGGUCUUGGGGUCUGGAAGCUUGCUCCAAUGUUCAAAGGUGUGGGAUUAGCUGCUGCUGUUCUGUCCUUCUGGCUUAACAUUUACUACAUUGUGAUUAUUUCCUGGGCCAUAUAUUACUUAUAUAACUCUUUUACUACAACCCUUCCAUGGAGACACUGUGAUAAUUCCUGGAACACAAACCACUGUUUCUCUAACUACAGUAUAGCAAACACCACCAACAUGACAAGUGCUGUUAUGGAAUUUUGGGAGCGUAACAUGCACCAGAUGACAGAUGGACUGGAAAAACCAGGCCAGAUUCGUUGGCCAUUAGCAAUUACUCUGGCAAUUGCCUGGGUUUUAGUAUAUUUCUGCAUCUGGAAAGGAGUGGGUUGGACUGGAAAGGUAGUAUACUUCUCUGCCACAUAUCCAUACAUCAUGUUACUUAUCUUGUUCUUCCGUGGAGUAACAUUACCCGGAGCAAAAGAUGGCAUUUUAUUCUAUGUAACUCCUAAGUUUGAGAAGCUUUCAGACUCUGAGGUCUGGCUGGACGCUGCCACACAGAUCUUUUUUUCUUAUGGUUUGGGUCUUGGCUCACUGAUUGCCCUUGGAAGUUACAACCCAUUCAACAACAAUGUUUACAGGGAUUCCAUCAUAGUAUGCUGCAUAAACUCCUGCACAAGCAUGUUUGCUGGUUUUGUUAUUUUCUCCAUUGUUGGAUUUAUGGCUUAUGUAACCAAACGCCCUAUUGAAGAUGUUGCAAAAUCAGGUCCAGGACUUGCAUUUUUAGCUUACCCAGAAGCUGUAACACAACUUCCAAUCUCUCCAUUGUGGGCAGUGCUGUUCUUUUCUAUGUUGCUUAUGCUUGGAAUUGACAGUCAGUUCUGUACUGUUGAAGGAUUCAUAACAGCACUAGUCGAUGAAUUUCCAAAACUGUUACGCAGUCGAAGAGAAAUUUUCAUUGCUGUUGUGUGCGUUGUGUCAUACCUGAUAGGACUGUCUAAUAUUACUCAGGGUGGGCUCUAUGUGUUCAAGCUUUUUGACUAUUACUCAGCAAGUGGAAUGAGUCUUUUAUUUCUUGUGUUCUUUGAGUGUAUCUCCAUAUCCUGGUGUUACGGUGUAAACCGCUUUUAUGACAAUAUCCAAGAGAUGGUUGGAUACAGGCCCUGCAUCUGGUGGAAGCUCUGUUGGUCUUUCUUUACUCCAAUUAUUGUGGCAGGUGUAUUUAUCUUCAGUGCUGUGCAAAUGACUCCCCUCACUAUGGGCAAUUAUGUGUUCCCCAAAUGGGGCCAAGGUGUUGGCUGGUUUAUGGCUCUCUCUUCUAUGGUGCUGAUUCCAGGCUAUAUGGCAUACAUGUUCCUUACUUUAAAAGGCUCCUUAAAACAGCGUAUCCAAGUAAUGAUUCAGCCAAGUGAAGACAUUGCUCAUCCUGAGAAUGGACCAGAACAAGCCCAACAGAGUAAUUCAGCAAACAAAGAAGCAUAUAUAUAA